AUGGCUAAGGAGGAAGAGUUUCUGCUACAGACCCAUGCGCAUCUUUCUCAUGUCUUAACGGAGGAUCCUGCCUCGCGCCGAAUGGAGAAGCAUACUGCACUUGUCCACACGGUUAUACUGGGGUUUACUGCGAGCAAGGUACAGUCAAAGUGGAAUACUAGUAUUACGGACCCAUGUUUAUCACAGCCUUGCGUCAAUUAUGGAGAGUGUGUCCAGUAUGCAGAAUCAUACUAUUGUGAUUGCCCGUACCAAUAUUAUGGUGAAAACUGCGAAUACUCUACUAAUCCGUGUUCAAGCAAUCCUUGUCAAAAUGGUGCGACGUGUAUCAAUCAAGGAGACUCUUACGUUUGCUCCUGCAAAUAUUUGUUUAAUGGGGAGCAUUGUGAAUUUUCUGGUACAGACCCAUGCGCAUCAUUCCCAUGUCUGAACGGAGGAUCCUGCGUCGCGCCGAAUGGAGAACCAUACUGCACUUGUCCACACGGUUAUACUGGGGUUUACUGCGAACAAGGUACACCCCGUCCAUGUAGCAGCGAGCCAUGCCUUAAUGGAGGAUCGUGUGAGGACCAAGGAGAUUCAUAUUUCUGUGCAUGCCCAAACUAUUAUGUCGGUCCGAACUGCGAAAGAUCAAACGCAACGUCUUGUGACAUUCACUGUAUCAAUGGUGGAACCUGUCAAAUGCAACCCACUGGUCCAACCUGUUUAUGUAGACCUGGGUUCUACGGACACGGGUGUGAAUAUUCUCGAGAUCCUUGUCACAACAUCUUUUGUUAUAAUGGUGGUAGCUGUUUUGCUCCAGCAGACGACCCGAUGUGUAUUUGCCAUCCUGGAUUUAGUGGGGAGUUCUGUCAGGAACGCAUAAACACGACAGCAUGUGCAGAUUUCUGUUACAAUGGUGGCUCAUGUGACAUGCAGUCUUGGGGUCCGACAUGUCAAUGUCCGCCGGGGUUCUUUGGACCGCGAUGUCGUAUCGAUAUAUAUGUGGAUCAAUGUCGGGACGUUGAAUGUUACAAUGAUGGGACGUGUAUUGCUCCAGCAGACUUCCCCAUGUGCCAAUGUGCCCCUGGCUUCACCGGCGAACAGUGUCUGAACUCAGAUACAUUUGACCCCUGCUCUGGCUGGAACUGCUUGAAUGGUGGAUCUUGUAUUGCCGUAGAUGACUCUCAGAUGUGUAUUUGCAAAGAGGGUUACUCCGGUGAUCUCUGCCAAGAAGCUGAUGGUGCCUGUACCUCUAGCCCGUGUAUGAACGGAGGUUUGUGCAGAGAUUCGGACCCAUAUACAUAUCAAUGCUUCUGUCCCACUGGUUUCUCAGGCUCUCGAUGCGAAAUCGAUACUGUUCCUUGCUUUCCUAAUCCAUGCGGGUUAGAUGAGACUUGCAGGGGUGUACCUGAAACUGACGACCCUGCAGAUUACAUCUGUUUAUGCGAAAAUGAUUUCUGCAAGCCAGUGGGUGGUCGACCCAACAACGCUCUGUCAAGCACAGCAAAGAUCGUGAUCGGAGGGAGCUCUGGCGUAAUCGUCGUCAUUAUCAUGCUGGUGAUCGUUCUCGUCCUCGUUGUCUUCAGUCGUAGGACCUCGACCGGUAAUAUCUUGAAAUCGGCGGCGGCUUCCGAGAGCAAGAAAAACCUUAACGAUUCAAUCCCUGAAAAGGUCCAGUAUGAGGAAGAACGUUACCAGGUUGUGUAGAGGAGAAUUGAGUGAGCAGAGAGCUAAAUUGUAGACACUCUUUCGUCGUGAGGCCAGACUCAAUAGAUUUAAGAAUGUAGUAACCCUGAGCACUUGUUUUUUAAGUUUCUUUAUAUAUAUACUUAGAUUUAAUUGCAUGGCUGGACCUGCAUGUUACGAUCCAAAUAUAAAAGACAAUUUAUCGUUGCAUAGUCAUUAAUGAUUUGAUAGAUGAAAUACCUUCUCAAUUAAAAUAAGUAUCUACACCUUGCUUGUAUUAAAUUUUGUUUAUAAUGGACUCUUUCAUUUCAAACCAUGUUAUCUAUUUUAAUAAAGUUUAAAGUUCAUCAUUCCUAUACCUUACACGUAUUUAUAUCAAAAUGAGGGAUUUUUAGAAAAUUUAGAAUGAAAGAGAAAAAAAAUAAUGGCAAUAGACACUUCGUAGACACUCGUUGUACAAAGGGAACGUCAAAUAAGCUUGUCUUGAUUUUACAAAUCUAGUCUUUCUUUUCUGUAUUUAGCAUAACGUUUCGCUUCUGCCUCUUUAUAUUCAUAAUGAUUACAUGUCUAAUAUGUACUUAUACACUAUGCAUACGUAGAGGGAAACCUGUAACAUUGGUAAAUUUAUACAGUAGACUUGCGGAUGCACCAUGUGAGAGAGAGAUAUGGAUGAUUGAGGAGUCCUGAAAAGGACUCUCGGUAAUCUUUCUUGAGGGUGUGUAGUCCUGAACUGAAAAGUACGGAUAGUCAACGUGUUUGAAACGUCGAGCCACUUCCGCCACCUAUCCUCUCCAAGCGCUAUAGUUCUCC